CGGGAAAUGGCGGGCGGACUGGGGCGGUGAGAAAUCGGGGGUGCCGCCAUCUUUCUGUGAGGAGUGCGGAGCUGGAGGAUUUUUCUGUAUAGUCAGUAAUGAGCUGGAAUUAAAACGAUACGGGACGUCUUAAUAGUCUGAAUACACGCUAAGCGCCGAGAAGAGUGCUUAAUGGCACAUGUAGCUGAGUAAGCGCUGAGCUUUCAUGCUGCCCACAGCCGCUGCCCCAAAGCCCUCCCAGCUGCGAUGCGGAAGGACGGGCAGAGCGGCAGCUUUGCAGCGGGAGCCUCAGGCCGAGCAAGCGGGGUGGCAAAGCAAGGCAGGCUGGCUUGUGUCCAGACGUAAUGAAAAUCCUUUGGGGAACGAUCAUUAAGUGAGACAAACUAAAAAGGCUCAUUUGUCUGGAGCAACGUGUUUUUUACCAUAUUUAAAGUUUAUUUUCACCUUUUGUAAAGAGUAACAAGGGGAAUCACGUUCACUUGGUAUAGCUGGUGUCUGUGUAGUUGUCUGGGUGGAUUGUCAAAGCUUAAAAGAAGUUGCAGGCUACUGAAACACCGUUCUGUCUUCUGUCAGCUCUGAGGGGGCAUAAAAGGGCUGUAACUGCCUCAGUGGAAAGGGUACAACUGCCUCCUAGAUUGCAUCUUUUACUGGUGUGAGUUUCCCCCCAAAUUUUUAAGCAUUCGUUGUAAGCAUCGUUUUUUCAAAGAAAUCCUUUAAUUAAACAUGAGAAUAAAUUCUGUGUCUUACUCAGUUUCUCCUUUAGUCUGGAGGACUCUUAGGAGACCUCAUUGCUUCCUACAGCUCUCUGCAAAGACCUUGUGGUGAGGUGGGCGUCUGCCUCUUCUCCUAGGUAAUUGGGUGAGAAGUAAUGGCCUUAUGUUGUGCCAAGGAAGGUUCUGGUUGGAUAUUAGGAAAAUUUUCUUCUCAAAAAGAGCAGUGAGGCAUUGGAACAGGCUGCCCAGGGGAGUGGGAAGUCACUGUCCUCAGAUUCCUUCAAGGAAUGUGGAGAUGUGGCACUGAGGGGGCCAAGGUGGGCAUGGUGAGGAUGGACUGAUGGUUGGACUAGGUGAUCUUAGUGUUUUUUUCCAACCUUAAUGAUUCUACAUUUCUUACUGAAACAUCUUUCUAAUUUGUCUGUACUGUAAUGGGGCAAAAAAGGUCUUACCUGCCUUGUUGGAAGGAAUAUUUCUGCUCUCCAGAUUGCAUCUUUUACUAAUGUGAGUAAAAGACUUUUUCUUUUUCUCCACUAAAUUGUCAAGCUAUUUGUUAUGAAACAUAAUAUUUUCAUAGAAGUUAUUUAACAGGAGAAUAAAUUUUGUGUCUUGUUAAGAAGUGGAGAGUUAGCUAAGCUGAAACUUCAGACUUGCUGUUCACAGCACAUGCUAUCAGACAGGAGAUGAUAGUUUACAAGCAGCGAAAUAGUGGAUGGUCGGUUGAGAGGAAACAUUCUCAGUGCUUAUUAAUUUUAAACAGAAAGCAUUUAAAAAUGUGAACCGCAGUAUUGAACUGUGGAAAGUAGAAGCUUAGGGUCGCUGAUGUCUAUCUGCAUUUGGGCUUGAGAAACAUGUCUGAUUAACCUCUAUUGACAGCAGUUAUUUAGUAGGGAUGGAUGAUAUACCAUCAUGAAUAGAAAUGCAUGAAAUAUGCAGAACCCGUCCUAAAGAAAAGUUGCUUUUUGUUUGAGAAGAAAAAAAUCCAACGAAUAAAACAGGGUUCACAUAAGGUCCACUUUUAUAUAGCACACACUUGAAUGACACAUUAUGGCAUCCUUGCUCUGUCUCAAGUCUCCAUCUAGGCAUGCAUUCAGAUCCAGCCAUAAAUUCUGCUGUUUAUCAGAAAAAAAAGAGAGAAUGAAAAAGAACAAAUCAAAACAAACAAAAACAGAGGUUGCUAUUUCUGUGUUAGAGCAAUAACAAAGGUAAGUUAUUGUAAGUACUUUUAAAACACAAUACAUUCUUCUUAAAUAGUGUUCUGUUUUCACUCUUUUGCAUGUGUGUGCUGUUGUUUCUAUUUUUCCUGAGGAAAAAGAUGCUGUUAUUGGAAAAUCCAGAGAACUAAUUAAUAAGUUUGUCAAUUUUAUCAAAUUUGUGCAUAUUUCUACCUUUUUCUUCCUUCAAAUUGAUGAGAAAGUUUUUGGAGAAGGUUUAACUGAAUUAAACUUCAGUGUGAGUACACAUAUGAAAUAGCAGGUAAUUGACGAUGGAGUGUCCUUAUGCCAUAAGCAUAGAACAAGUUCUAUUCUCAAGCAGCAGCAUGUUAGUCACUGAUGAAUGUCAUUACUGUGUGCAAAGAUUAUAUGUUUCUUGCCUUAUGAAUGUUCUGUCUGGGCUAAAUUCUCCUCCCAGUUUAGUAUCUCCCAACAGCUGUGAUAAUCUCUCCUUGGCCCUUAUCUCCUAUGACUUUCUCAGUCAGCCUUCAUUUAAGGUCCCCCUUUUUUCUCCCAGCAAUUAAAGGGUUUGGUUUCUGUGUCCAAAGUCCUCUCUUCCUAUAUCUUCUCACUCCUCCCUCUCUGCCCUACUGCCUUCAGGCGUUCUUCUGCCCAAUCUGUCUCCUCUUAUGAGUGCUUAUGCUUAGCAGUGCCUUAUCUCUUUUUGCCCUCAUUGAGGAUUUCUCUUUUUCACAUAUUCUUUUCCCAGUGCUCUUAGCUGACUUCGGAUAAUCCUCUUUUCCAAUCCUGAGUGCCCUGAGGAAGCUCUGAAGCUCUUUUUCAAGCCCAGCACAAGCUUCUAGCCCAGGAGGAAGGAAGGCACUGCCAGGAGUGUGGAAUGCUUGGCCUUUUGAAGAGAGGGAAUGGCUGCAGAUGAAGACAAGUGAGCAGUGUCAGUUUUCUUCCUGCCUUUCCUAUGUGAGCACAGGGCAGCCGAGGGGAGCUGGCAGCCCAGGGGAGCUGGCAGGCCCACCAGGGCUCAGCUGCGGGGCGGAGGUGGAAGCACCCCUUCAUUCUGCUUUUAGCAGAGCAGCAAAAAUUGAUCAAGAUUUUCUUUGCCACUUUAUUGGUCCACCUGGACUUGCAAAGGGUUGCCAACUAACAGAGCUGAUGAAAGGUGCCCGAAUCAUCCUCUCAGAUGAUCCCUGCAGCAGCCCAAAAAGGCAACGCGAUUUAAUCUGCAGGCAGUCUCUCUAUUGGAUCCCCACCGACGUCUGUGCCGCUGCUCGGCGUGUCCUGUGGGGAAAGCGUAGCAUCCAGCCGCUGGCAUCUCCUCCUGGCGGAAGCACCCUUGGAAGUGGAGAAGAAAAAGAACUGCCGCUCGUGAGGCUCGCACGUGCUGCUCGCUGCCUCGGCCGAGCGCUGUGCUGAAGGAGCGGGACAUCUGCGCGCAUGGGAGAAGCAGCUGCUCCAGCCCGGGGCUGGGGCUGAACUUCCUGCAGCGCUUCGGGCUUGGAGUGAGCGCAGAGGGAGGCGAGCAGCAGGACGGGAAAGCGCAGCCCGGAGCGUAUAAGGACAGACUCGGUUAGAAUAUUUAAAGCUUAAUGGCUUCCGGCAUAAACAAGAGCCGGCAACCCGGGACUUGCAAUGGAUCUAAAGCCCCUCGCGGCAUUUCGGCAGAAGGAUACAAUAAGGAAAUUCACAUGCAAAUGUGCAAGAAGAUCGCCCAGCUCACCAAGGUGAUAUAUGCACUGAACACUAAGAAUGAUGAACAUGAAGAUAGUAUACAGGCUCUGAGAGAAGCUCAUGAAGAAGAAGUGCAGCACAUUCUUGCUGAGAUGAAGGAAACUAUUCUCCAGUACAAAAGUAAAGUUGAAGAAGAACAGUUGCUGAGAAAACAUAUUCAAGCCCUUGAAACUGCAGUAGAACAACACAGGAAACUAAAGGAAGAAGCCUUGGCAGAGUUAACAUUGUGCAAGAAGCAGGUGGAAGAGAGGGAACCAAGAGCAGAAGUAAAAGUCACACGUGUGGCCCUUUCCACAGACACAAUAGAUACUAAUGCAGACUUUGAAAACAAACUGACCAAUGGACAACAAAAUGAAUGCAAACUAUCUAGGAGAGAAAAUUUAGAUGAAGAUAUUUUUGCUGAAAAAUUGAGCAUGGAGGGACAAGUUCUAGUAAAUGAAAUGGAAAACCUGAGGAGUGAGAACCAAGGAGCAAUUAAAGAAUAUACGCAGAAAACAAACCAACUGCGAGCCUCCUGUGAGAGGGGAAGAGAGUCUUUGAAAAAGUCUACACAGCAAUCUAUGACAGAAACAAAGAAUCAUCAUCAGCAAAGAGAAAUGGAGCAAAGAAAUUGCUCAGAGGCUGAGAAAGGUUUUUGGAUGCAGCAGGUAAAGAAACUGGAGGCAGACCUAGAGGAGAAAAGUCAGAAGAUAAAUGAGAGGAAGAAACAUUCCCAGAAGCUCAAAGAAAGAAUACAGGAACUCCAGACGCAGCUAGAGGAAUUUAAAAGAAAAUCUGAGUGUGAAAUAAAGCAACUAGAGAAAGAAAAAGAAGCCCUAACUGGGAAACUUCAAAACUCUUCACUUGAGAUUUGCACCUAUUUGGUGCCUUGGAAGGAAAGAUAUAAAGUCUCGUGUGGACUGAAUGCUAAUUUUUUGGAGUCCUCCAAUCCCUUACUUUUGCACGACAAGAUCUGUUCAACAACUGUAAAGAGACUAUUCUGGAAUUACAAGGUGGCUCAGCUGAGGCAAAUAUUAGACCAACAAGCAGAUAAUUUCAAGGAGUCACUGAAGAAACACAAUCUGCAGUCCAGCAAAGAAAAGGAGAAGCUUUUGCAGGAUCUUCAAAACACCAUUAAAGAAAACCAGAACGUUAAACUGCAGCUGGAAGCGUCACAUCAAAAAGUUUUAAAAAUGUUGGAGAAAAACAAAAAACAGGAACUCAAGGAGGCAGAAGAGCGUUUGAAAAAGGAAUUUAAUGAGACUUUCAAAAUCCAACAUCAGUCUCAUAGGCUGGAAAUGCAAACCUUGGAAGAGAGAGCAAAGAAAGAAUUACAGGAUGAACUCGAGCAGAUACAGAAGCAGCAAACUCUGUUGCUAGGAUCUCUAAGGGUAGAAAUUUCUGAGCAGCAGACAUCAUGCACUAACCUCAAAAAACAAAUAGAAGAGCUCCAAAUGGAGUUGAGGAGUGUGAGGACCUUGAAGAAGCAACAGGAAGGAAGCAGCCAGAACCAGAUCAGAUCUCUUCAUGAUGAACUGGAAAAAUGUCAGAGUGAAAUUUCUGAGCUCAAAAAAGAGAACUCACUUUUGAAGGACACAAUGGAAUUACUCAGUGCUGAGUUGGAGACACAGAAGCAAGAACCUGCACUGCUUCAGGAUAAGGAGAGACAACACAAAAGGAUAUUCUUGAGCUGCAACCCCCACUUUAUCAUGGAAGUAGAUGCACUUUGCAGCCUUCUUUGGAUACUUAAAAAAUUAGAAGAAAACACAAGAAAACCAGAAUCCAGACCAGAAGAUAUACACCUUAUAAGCUGCCUGCAAGAUAAACUAAGUGAGAGAGAAGAAAUUAUUAAGCAGCUGGUGGAAGGAAGAAAAUUUCAGCAUUCACUUUUAGCCAGUACUGAAUCUUACAGAAAUCGAUCUUUUUCUUUCACCCCUAAUCCUGGGUGUUUGACUCCUAUGAAGCAGCAGAAGAGACCAGUUGAGGUGCCCAGUCGUGUUGUCAGUGUACCAAAUUUAGCUUCCUACGCAAAGAGCUUUUUGAGUGGUGACUUGAGAUCAAAAAGAAAUACUCCUCAAAUAACAAAAUCAACGAGCUUAGACCAGAGUCCUGGAUGCCUCAGAGUAGGCUCUCCAACAGCACAGACUUCAGACAGCAGCACUUCCACAAGGAUGCAUGGCAGUGAACCACCACAAACCAAAGAUGACCAAAUACAAGACCCUGAGCAUCAAGAGUGGUUUACUAAAUACUUUUCUUUUUAAAGCAGGUAAUUUACAUACUCCUCAGAUUUACCAGAAAAGCUGUUUGUUUUCUGCUAGGGAAUGUUAAUCUAAUAAGUUCUGCAACAAAAAGUGUCGAAAUAAUUUCCAAGGAUAUUGUUAGGAACAACAGCACUCUCUUACAUCUAAUUAUAAUGGAAUUACAGGCAUAGAUUUCAGCAAAAUGCAUUUUUUUAAUAACCUCUGUUUAAAAAAAAUAAAAUAAAAAAAAAGAAAAAGCAAAAUUCUUAAUACUGCUAUGUAAAAUUACUUUUUACUCAAGAGAAUGUAUCAUUCCACAAUUACAUUAAAUAUUCAUUUUGUCCUCUAAUGUCCUGCUACAGACUCCAGAUGAAGAUAUUACUUCUAAGUAAGUGAUUUCUCUAGGUUUAUAUGCUUGCUUCAUCAGCUGUUUUUGCAUAGUAAUGUAAUUUUGUUUUAAAUUGGUUUCUUGUAAAGUUGUUUUAUGCUGAGAAGCAUGUGAUACACAUCUAAGAAUAGCAAUUUUAAAACAGCUUGCUGUAAACAUGUUUUCUGCUUAGCUUAAUGGACUGUUUUGUAUAGCGUUGUCAUGUAAUGUUCCUGGUGCACUUCAACUUGUGUAACAGUCAGCCUGAUGAAUCAGGAUAGUAUGUAAGUACGAACAUUAAAACUUGCUUGUAAGUGACCAAC